CAUCCCAGAGCAAAAUAAACAUUAGCAUCCUGCCUAGCUUACAUACAGUCACUAAACCAUGGCUCCUAGUGUUCACCAUCUCCUUGUUCUGCUCCUAGCCUUCACAUCCUUCAGCGGCAGCUACGCAGCUCGUCGUCUUCUAGACACAGCAGCCGCGCCAGAGGCCGCCGCACCAGCUCAGCCUUCUGUACCAAAAGUUCCCACAGCACUGCCUCCGGCGUCUUCCGUUCCCGCAGUUCCAACCACACUGCCUCCAAUGCCUUCCAUUCCCGCAGUUCCAACCACACUGCCUCCAAUGCCUUCCAUUCCAGCAGUUCCAACCACACUGCCUCCAAUGCCUUCCAUUCCCGCAGUUCCAAAGUUGGCAAUCCCACCAGUACCAUCCAUUCCCAUCCCCAAGGUCGCCAUGGCACCAAUAGCCCCUGGCGCAGUUCCAUCUCUUCCUGUUCCGGCGGUUCCGGCCACCAUACCAACCAUUCCUACUUUGCCUGGUACCAUGCCAUCGAUGCCCUCAGUCCCAACUACUAUUCCAUCCAUUCCGCUCACAGUACCGACAACAUUCCCUACCAUUCCCGGGUUCCAGAUGCCACCUAUUCCAUCCAUGUCGCCACCUCCACAAACUACCAGCCCAUGAAGACAGUCAUAGCAUGUGAGUCUGCUUAUGACUGCUAGUCGGGGAUUGAUUCGCCAUAAAUAGUUAUCAGUGUGUUUGUAAU